AUGGUUGGAGAAGAAGGCGAAACGAUGGAUUUUACUUUGUGCCGGUUGGAAGUGGAAGGUGGUGCACUUGAGUCACCUACCGGAAGAUCAAGGUCACAAGCCACGACAACACAAUCACUCAGCAGAUACGAGUCACAGAAGCGCCGUGACUGGAACACGUUCUUGCAGUAUUUAAAGAACUACAAACCACCGUUGACGCUAGCGAGGUGCAACGACGCCCACGUGAUCGAGUUCCUAAAGUACCUCGACCAGUUCGGGAAGACGAAGGUUCACGUGAUAGGAUGUCCUUGCUUUGGCUACCCAAACCCACCGGUGUCGUGUGCUUGUCCACUGAAACAAGCUUGGGGGAUCCUCGACACGCUCAUCGGAAGGCUCAGGGUGUCGUACGAGGAGAACGACGUAAGCACAACAUACCAUUGUUCAACCGAAAGAGAAGAACCAUACCUGCUUUUCAUUCAAUCGGACCUAGGGCUUGUAAGGGAAGAGAUUUUCGUCCAGUGGAAAUAA